AAAAAAAACAAUACAAAAGAAUAAAACACCAAUCGGGGGACUACGACGCCGUUUCACUGCGAUCCCCUCUCCUCCUUCUCGGCCUUCUUUGAUUCCCUAUUUGUCCUCCUUUCCUUUGUGAUCGGAGAGAGAAACGAGGCCUGAAAGCCAAGUCACCGAAGCAACGACUGGUUCUGGUUCGAUUUCUAGAGAGAGAAAGCGCCGCCGAUCUAGAGAGAGAAACGAAUGGGGACGCUUCAGUCGUGGAGAAAAGCCUACGGCGCCCUCAAGGACACCACCAAAGUCGGACUCGCCCACGUCAACAGCGAUUACGCCGAUUUGGAUGUUGCUAUAGUGAAGGCGACGAACCACGUCGAGUGUCCUCCCAAGGAGAGACACCUCAGAAAAAUUCUGUUUGCCACGUCGGCGAUUCGGCCCCGGGCAGAUGUUGCUUAUUGCAUUCAUGCUCUUUCGAGACGAUUGAGCAAGACUCACAAUUGGACGGUGGCUUUAAAAACACUGAUAGUUAUUCAUAGGACUUUGAGGGAGGGUGAUCCCACCUUCAGAGAAGAACUUGUAAAUUUCUCUCAGAGAGGACGUAUUCUCCAGCUUUCUAAUUUUAAAGACGACUCCAGUCCCAUUGCUUGGGAUUGCUCUGCCUGGGUGCGUACAUACGCAUUGUUUUUAGAGGAACGACUUGAAUGCUUUAGGGUUCUGAAGUAUGACAUUGAAGCUGAACGUCUUCCAAGACCUGCCCAGGCGCAGGAGAAGGGAUACAGUAGAACUCGAGAAUUGGAUAGUGAAGAACUGUUGGACCACUUGCCUGCUUUACAGCAGCUGUUGUAUCGCCUCAUUGGUUGCCGGCCAGAAGGAGCAGCUGUCAUGAAUUAUGUUAUACAGUAUGCACUGGCGCUGGUACUGAAAGAGAGCUUUAAAAUAUAUUGUGCUGUCAAUGAUGGAAUUAUAAAUCUUAUUGAUAAGUUUUUUGAGAUGCCAAGACAUGAAGCGGUUAAAGCCCUUGAUGUUUAUAAGCGAGCUGGCCAACAGGCUGCCGGUCUCUCUGAUUUUUAUGAAAUUUGCAAAGGGUUGGAACUUGCUAGGAAUUUCCAGUUUCCUGUCUUGAGAGAGCCUCCUCAGUCCUUCCUUACAACAAUGGAAGAAUAUAUAAGAGAAGCACCGCGGGCUGUUAAUGUUCCAACUGAGCCAUUGCUUCUUUUGACAUAUAGACCAGAGGAGCCUCUACCCGAAGACACAAACUUAUCUAGUGAUGAACCUGAGCAGCUACCUUCAGACUUUCUAGCACAAUCUGAUGUUGAGACUGCGACUCCACCACCACCACCUCCUCCUCCUCAAAGUAACCUGGCUACUGGAGAUUUACUGGGAUUGGAUUUUGCUACAGGUGAUGCAUCUGCCAUUGAGCAAAGCAAUGCUUUGGCUCUAGCCAUAGUACCAUCUGAAACUGCUCCAACAUUCAAUGUGCAAUCAAAAGAUUUUGAUCCUAGUGGAUGGGAACUUGCCCUGGUCACAACUCCAAGUACCGACAUUUCAUCAGCUAAUGACAGGCAAUUGGCUGGCGGGUUGGACUCCCUUACCCUGAACAGCUUAUACGAUGAAGGGCAGUACAGGGCUUCUCAACAACCUGUUUAUGGACAACCUGCCCCAAAUCCAUUCGAGGUACAAGAUCCGUUUGCUUUGUCAAACAAUGUUGCUGCCCCUCCUGCAGUUCAAAUGGCGGCAAUGGCUCAACAACAGUCCAAUCCCUUCGGUCCGUUCCAACCCACCUAUCCGCCGCCACAUCAGAAUAUGAUGAUGGGCGCAGCAUCAAAUCCUUUUGGUGAUACUACUGGGUUUGGGACAUUUCCUGUAAAUCCUGUUCAUCAACCGCAGACUAGCAACCCCUUUGGAAGCACAGGCUUACUUUGAUGACACAUUGAACAUUAGAAAAGGUGUCAAUCCAUGCGUGAAGAUGGUUUUGAUGUAUUUUGGUCAGUAUAGCAAAAUGGGUUUUGGUGUUUGGUCACUGAGAUGGAUGGAGUUCGGGAUGAACAUAUAUUUGAUGUAAAAUUCGGUGAGUGAACAGUAGAUGUAAUAAUUAGUUUUAUACAAUUUAUAAAAUUUGAUGUAAUUGAAACUCUUC